GCGAGGCAACGACAGGCCAAAAGGCAAGUCCUAUUCUCUCGCCCUCUCCAACUUUCCUGUUUCAGGGUUUUCUAGGGUUUACAGAUCCUCCGAAUUGCUGUUAUGCCCUACUCAUUUUGUGCGAUGGAUACUUGUUAAGGAAUUCUAUUUGGAUGGUAUGGACGAAGGAUUGGGUGAUGAAGUGGCCCCAGUUGAUGUGGCAGAGGGGGCACACCUUCACAGCAAAGAGAAUGAAUAUUCCCUGAAACCAUCUGAAAGCCCCACCAAGUUGGAAUCCCGUGAGAUGGUUAUAACUCGUGAGAGUGAUUAUCCUGAGGGCUCGUUCCAAGCACUUGCAGAUAUUUUGGAUGCCACGAAUGUAAAUAGGGGUGCAAACCUUGUGGAUGCAUGUGCACAGCCAUGUGCUAGCCCUUGCUAUAUGGAUGAUGUUGGGAACAUGGUUGAAGAAUUAACAGUCAGAAACUAUGAUAAUACAAACUUUUCUAUUGUUGGAACAUCGAACAGCAGGGAAAGAAUACAGACGUGGCAGAGUCAGUGGCAGCAUCUUUAUCAACUUGGAGGUGCAUCAGGAAUUGGGAGCUCACGUACUAAUACUUUGUACAGGGACAAUGGUCAGGGAAGUGGCUGGGAAGAAGUGAGAUAUUCAUCUUCCCCUGUGUUGCUGGGACAGAAAACAUCAAGCACUGAGUGCAAUGAAAUCAUGGAGCAACCAAAUGCUGAACAUAAAGAAGUUUCACCCAACAUAAUUUCUCAUGGUGGUAUUCGGACAAAGAUUCUAUCAAAAUCCGGAUUUUCAGAAUUUUUUGUAAAAAAUACAUUGAAGGGUAAGGGGAUCAUUUUUAGAGGUCCACACCAUGAAAGUCCAAGAUUUGUGCCAAAAGAUGAGAAUAAUGGAAAGGCUGCUAUUGGUGCUGUGGCUGCUUCUAAUUCUUCACUGACUUUAGGUGCAAAAACAGCAAUGCCUUCUUCCUCUGCUAUGGCUGGGCCAAGGCCUGCUUGUCAUGAUGGAGUUGGUCUGCGACAUUGGUUGAAUGCACGGCAGCAUAAAGUGAAUAAAGUUGAGCGCUUGCAUGUAUUUAGACAGAUUGUUGAUCUAGUAGAUCACUAUCACUCUCAAGGAGUUACCUUGCCUGACUUACGACCUUCAAGCUUCAAGCUGUUGCAAUCAAAUCAGGUAAUAUAUGUUGGUUUUACUGUUCAAAGAGAUGUGCUAGAGAGUGCUAUGGAUCGAGAUAUACCUUCUUCAGAGAAUCAAGUGGUUAGGAGAAGGCCAGCAGAGCAGGCAAUUUUGCCCUUUGUUGGCAUAUUUGCAAAGAAGCAAAAGUUCAGUGAGAGCAGAAACCAUAUUAGGCAGUGGCCUCAGUUUACUGCAAAAUAUGGCAUCAAAACUGAAACUGCUAGUGAUGGUAACCUCAAUGUAGCCAGUGCACAAUAUUCACUUAAUGAACUUACUGAAGACAAUUCAAAUGUAGAACAUGGAAUUCAGGGCAAAAACAGCCGUCCUCUGUCUAAUGCAGCUCAACAGCAGUUGGCAUCCAUUGGUGAUGGGUCAGAAGAUAAGUGGUAUGCAAGUCCCGAGGAGCUGAGUGAGGGAAUCUGCUCAAUAUCAUCAAAUAUAUAUAGUCUGGGUGUUCUACUAUUUGAGUUGCUUGGUCGUUUUGAUUCGGAAAGAGGACAUGCUACAUCAAUGUCAGACCUGCGUCACAGAAUUCUUCCUCCUCAUUUUUUAUCAGAAAAUCCAAAGGAAGCUGGAUUCUGCCUCUGGUUACUUCAUCCUGAACCUUCAUCACGACCAGCAACAAGGGAAAUCCUACAAUCCGAAGUGCUUAAUGGAUUGCAGGAGGUAUCUGCAAAAGAAUUAUCAUCUUCCAUUGACCAAGAUGAUGCUGAAUCAGAACUGUUAUUGCAUUUCCUUGUUUCAUUAAAAGAACAUAAGCAGAAGCAUGCCUCUAAGUUAGCAGAUGGCAUUAAGUGUGUUGAAGCAGACAUUGAAGAGGUUGAGAGGAGAAACUUUUCAAAGAAUAUCUUGGGGACUCGGCUAUCAAAUAUUGCUAAUACAAAUGAAAUGAGGCUGACAAACAACAUGAGUCAACUUGAAAGUGCCUACUUUUCCAUGAGAACCAAAAUCCAGCUCCUUGAAAGUGAUGCUACCACACACCAGGAUAAGAAUUUGCUAAGGAAUCGUGAAAACUAUUAUUUGGCAGAGGGUGAAGAAAAACAGAAUCCAACUGAUCGUCUUGGAGCCUUUUUUGAUGGUUUGUGCAGGUAUGCUCGUUACAGUAAGUUUGAAGUACGGGGGCAACUAAGAACUGGGGAUUUUAACAAUUCUGCAAAUGUAAUAUGCUCUUUGAGCUUUGACCGAGACGUUGACUACUUUGCCACUGCUGGAGUAUCGAAGAAAAUAAAGAUAUUUGAGUUUAAUGCACUCUUAAAUGAUUCUGUUGAUAUUCACUAUCCAGCUAUUGAAAUGUUGAACAAAUCAAAGCUUAGUUGUGUUUGCUGGAACAACUACAUCAAGAAUUAUCUGGCUUCAACUGACUAUGAUGGCAUUGUGAAGUUAUGGGAUGCAAGUACUGGUCAAGGGAUUUUUCAAUGUAAUGAGCAUGAGAGGAGGGCUUGGUCUGUUGACUUUUCUCAAGUAUAUCCAACAAAAUUAGCCAGUGGAAGUGAUGAUUGUUCUGUGAAGCUUUGGAGCAUUAAUGAGAAAAAUAGUUUAGGCACAAUCAGGAACAUUGCAAAUGUCUGCUGUGUUCAAUUCUCUUCUCAUUCUACUCAUUUGUUGGCGUUUGGGUCAGCGGAUUACAGAACCUAUUGCUAUGAUCUUCGAAAUUUAAGAACACCUUGGUGUGUAUUGGCUGGCCAUGAGAAAGCAGUGAGCUAUGUGAAAUUCUUGGAUCCUGAAACUCUGGUCACUGCUUCCACUGAUAACUCCUUGAAGCUUUGGGAUCUUUAUAAAGCCAGUUCUAAUGGCCUGUCAAACAAUGCUUGCAGUUUAACCCUUAGUGGACACACUAACGAGAAGAAUUUUGUGGGUUUAUCUGUUGCUGAUGGUUAUAUAGCAUGUGGUUCAGAAACAAAUGAGGUUUAUGCGUACUACAGAUCUCUACCUAUGCCAAUCACCGCCCACAAGUUUGGCUCAAUUGAUCCAAUUACUGGGAAAGAGACGGAUGAUGACAAUGGGCAGUUUGUGUCUAGUGUCUGCUGGAGAGGGAAAUCAGACAUGGUUGUUGCUGCCAAUUCAACUGGAUGUAUCAAAGUUCUGCAAAUGGUUUGAAGGAGAGGGAAUCCUCCUAAAUCAAGUAGGAAAUCAGAUUCCUCUGUCCAGUUGGAGGUGCAGAAAAUGACUAAUGAGAUUUGCAGGCAAGAACUCCAGAAUACUAGCGACGCUGCUUGUGAAUAUAAAACAAAUCAGAACAAGAUCAAUAUUAGUAUUGGCGUUGCAGCAAAAGCAAUCCUGGAUAUACGUAAAACUCUUGAAAGAGCAGCGUCAAUCAUCGUAAUGCUAAUUAGUCAACCAGCACUUUGCUCCUCGUACCAUUUGUAGAACUGGUAUGCAGUCCUUUAAAGGUUUUGAGCAAAGGAUGUGCAAUUCAAUUUAUUCAGGAGAGAGCUUUGAAGCAAUUCCAUAUUGUAUGCUCAGCAAGUAUUGCAUAUUGUAAGUAGGAAUCCAGCUAUUGUAAAUUUUUUGAGAAAGAAAAAAUGUAUAUGAUAAUUUUGUUUUGGAAAA